UUUUGUUUUUGUUUUUGUAAUCCUUAGGUGAAGCUAAAGUUAGGCCUGAAGCAAAGAAACGACUGCUCAACUAUGUAAGUCAAGAACCCCGUGAUGCAAACGGCUACUUCAAUUUGGGGAUGCUGGCAAUGGAUGACAAAAAGGGCAGUGAAGCAGAGAUGUGGAUGAAGAAAGCCAUCAAGCUGCAGGCAGGCUUCAGAAGCGCCUUGUUCAACUUGGCUCUUCUGUAUUCUCAGUCCUCGAAGGAGUUAAUGGCUUUGCCUGUCCUGGAAGAGCUCCUUCGGUACUACCCUGAUCACAUCAAAGGUCUCAUCUUAAAGGGAGACAUUCUGAUGAAUCAUAAGAGAGACAUAGUUGGAGCAAAGGAGUGUUUUGAAAAAAUUGUAGAAAUGGAGCCAAACAAUGUCCAAGGAAAACAUAAUCUUUGUGUUGUUUAUUUUGAGGAGGGGGACUUAUUCAAGGCAGAAAAAUGCCUACUUGAGACACUUGAUUUAGCACCACAUGAAGAAUAUAUACAUCGUCAUUUGAAUAUAGUGAGAGUUAAAAUUUCCUCCUCUGGUGCUGGAGAACGGUUAUAUCUUCCACCAGCUGGAACUCCUCGAGCAGAAGGGGGCAAAAAAACUCCAUUUGAAAACUUACAAGAAAUAAAAAGUGAACCUAAAUCUACCGAGACAGUGGAAAAUGAUAAUAACAAAAGUCAGCCUAAAUCAAACACACAAUCAGAAGAAAAUACAGACAAAGAAAACAAAAAAACAACAAAAGAAAUCAGUGACAUUGAAAAGAAAAGAGUUGCUGCUUUAAAAAGACUAGAGGAGAUUGAACGUAUUUUAAAUGGUGAAUAGCCUUAUUCUUUAUCAUGAUAAAAUGGUAUGGAAAAUACUUUAAUUUGUGGCAUUUAAAUUAAAGUUUGCUCAAACUGGGUGUUUUGAAAAGUGGAAAGAAUACGUAACAGCUUAUAAUAAUAAGUUGGUUUCUCUAUCUGUGGAGAAUAAUGUAUUAACUAAAUUUUAUGUAUUAGGUUGAAUGUGGGGUUAUUUUGAAUAUGAGAGAAAUGUAUGAAGUCAGAAGUGGAGAAAUCGCUGUUUUUAAAGCCCAGAGGAAAGGUCUGAUGGUAAAAAUUUUUCAGAUGGAUAUUCUCAAUUAGAAAAUAUUUAAAGAACAAGAUGGGAAUCCCCCAUGGAACAAUUCCAAUAUGUGCAGCUUUAUCCCUUGCGACCCUUUUUUCUUUUCCUAUUUCUUAUGGAUUUCAGUCUGGUUUUACCCAGUGGAAUCUGACUAGAGAUUAAAAACAUUACUUGACCAUUUUUUUUCCCCACUACAUCCCUCACUAGUGUUUAGUCAGAAGCUUUCCUCUGUGGAAAAAACACUGGCUUAAUUUGUAUGUGGGGAUUUUUUUUUAGUAUUUGUUUUCAAAAGAAAUAAUGAAAUAAC